AUGUGGUCUUGGCUUAAACCACUAAAAGGAAUACAGGAACUACAUCCCUCAGAGCAGGUAGAACAACACCUGGACUCUGUUUCUGACACCAAACAAAAUCUGGAAUCUGAGCUUCAGUCUCAAGACAAAGUGCAUGAACAUGUGGAACAGUACACUGAUGACAAAGCACUAGAGGAUGAAUAUGAUGAUGGUGCCCUGCAUCAUAUCCUGAGGCUACGGAAUGCACUUGGCUGGCCUACAGAAUUACCAAGCCAUGGACCACGAUUAAAGAAGCAUGCAGAUCAAAACAUUAAGGAUGCCACAAUUCCAGCGAAUGACCGAGGAGACUUUCUGUACUGUCUAUUAAGAGCUCAGGAUGACCCAAAAGCUCGUUAUAAUCCGUAUGAUCUGCAAGUUGUUUCUGCAACCAGAGCCAAAUCGUACAAACAAUACUGGACAAUUAGUGCAUCCUACGUAUCCAAGAUUACUUCUGUGUAUGAAAAAGGUGGAAUAGAAAGCAUCCCUGUAAUGGAGUGGUUGGUUGAAAGGUGUUAUUUCUACAGGAUCUAUCAACUGCCUGUCUUCCUAAAUUUCAGAUGUUGGAAAGCUUUUAAUGUUUGGAAAGUCAAUAUCCGUAACUUAAAGAUCAGCAAUAGCAGGAUGAUUAUGACAAAGCAACUGUUUCUCGCCGAUGAAAUCUUUCGACGUUGUCUGUAUUAUAUCCGUGCCGUAUGUGAAAACGCCAGUUCGAGCAAUGGAGGUCUGGGAACUGGUGAAGAUGCUAUUGUCUUUGUGAAGUUGGAUGGAACGAAUACCUAUUCAUGUGAGGAGUUUGCUGAAAUCCAAUCUGAACAGUGUAACUAUGCGCUGAAGAAGCUUUGUGAACUCAGAUACAAAAUCAUUCAAUCCGUCAAAGAGGCCUGUCUGGAGAAAGCCAAAAUGGAAGGAUUUGGGAAUGUAUUCCGAGCAGACCCCGGUGAUUCCAUUGAAAGGCCUGUAUUGACUGAAAUUAUAGAGUCCAGACCACUCCUUACACUAUUCUUCAAGUUCCUGAAGCUCGUGGACUACCUGUUCCAGGAGCUGGUCUGUCGCCUGGUUAAAACUGCUGUUCAACUAUUAUUGGAUGCCUUGACUGAUUCAUAUAUGAGGACCUCAACAGAUGAGAGAAGGAAUGAGGAAUUGCUGAGCACACUGCCAACCCAUACAAGAGCCUACCUGGGCAAGCGCCUGCGCGCCAUGCAGGGUUCUAAAGGUCUUAGCAAUCUCGAGGACUUGGGCGCCAUUGAAAAACAGUCCGUCAUUGCCAGUGGAAUGGAUGUAGACCAGGUAAUCAAAGACUUUGAAAAACACACAAAGAAGAAAAUGGCACCGGUGUUCAUUGUAAAUAUGAUCCUUGACAUUCCAUCGAAACAUGAAAUGCCUUAUCAAAGCAGUACAAAAUCUAAAUGUCGAUCCAUUAAUCGAGUGUGCAAGCCUGAUAAAAAUGAGACUUUAGAACAGUCACGGAUUUCUGAAGAUUCAAGGGAAUUGGAGUGUACGUUGGAUCCAACAGAAAGUGACAUUGAAAUUGAAGACAAUGUAGAUGACAGUUAUAGGUCAGAAUACAAGAAACCUGUACAAUUUACAUUGUCCCCCACCUCAGAAGAUUUGUGGUUUCACAUACAAAGCAUAAUCGGAAAACUGGAAUAUACUGUUGGCAAGCUGAUUGCCUUCAUCGAUGAGCCUCGUUUGUCCAUGUUUAACUCCCAAUCUCUGUAUGAACUAAAACUCUCUGAUGAGAGAGAACUGGAAACAAAGCGGUCCAAGAAAAAGAAGCUGUUGCUCAAUCCUGACAGACUGUUUGGGCAAGAUCCACACUACCAGAACCAACUUGUUGAAUUGAAUAACUUGAUAAAUGCGGCCUUGGUGCAUGUGAGAACGUACAGUCAAAGCUUUGACCGUUUCUGUAUCAUGGUGGAGCAAGCUAUGGAGUUGGACUUUGAGACUUCUGUGAAGCAGCAUGACUGGACUCCACAGGAAUUCAGGAUCAUGUUGCAGGUGUACAAUGAGCACAUAAUGGAUAUGAGAAACAUGACCGUGGAGAGACGUGUGCGCAUGAUAAAGGUGUUAAGCCGACAGUUCCAGGCAGACUGCCUGCCCUAUCCCGAAGCAGUGGUCAAUGCAUUGCAAACCCAUAUGAUAAAUUAUGCUCACAAGAAGAAUCUUGGGCUGAUGGCUGUCAUUGCAGAUGCUAUCCAAAGACUUGAUAAGGAACCAGACACUAUUGAUUUGUUUGGGGAGCACCUGAUGUUCUUGUCUCACAUCGGGGCAGAUAUGCCCAUGUUGGAGAGAGAGUUUGCAGCUGUGACUCAAUUUUAUGCCAUUGCCAAAGAGUUUAGUGUCCCUGUCCCUCCUGAGGAACUGGCUCUCUACCAAAUCUUGAUACCCAGUUUCCAGAACUUAAAAUCCAGUGUACUCUACUCUGAGGCCAUGAAAGACAGGAACAUCAUCAAGUUCCAAGCUAAUCUGGAGGAUGACAUCAGUAACCUUUACUAUGAAUUGCUACAAGUGAAAUAUAAGGUAAGAAAUCCCACACUUCUCCAGUCAGAGACAUCUCCACAAAAAGCUCUAGAAGACAUUAAUGCCUUGAUGGUUGAAAUCUCAACAAUAGCCAAUAAGGCACGAAGCUACAGCAACUAUCAAGAUCGUUUCUGCACAAUGGACAACACAGGCACCCCCACUGCCAGCAGUAUUCACACCUUACAGAAGUGUGGAGGGAAGAGCACUCAGGCUCUGAAUGUGCUGCUGUCUGAAACUGAGUAUGAGUUAAUGUUGAGGAAACUGCUGUGGGAGUCGAAGGGUGAAUGGGAGAAGCUGUACUCACAUUGGACUGACACAUUGUUUAAUGAACUGAAUGUGGACACAAUUCAAAAGGAUGUCAACAGGUUCACACAGACAAUCUACAUGUUGGAAAAAGGAUUGCCAGCGAAUGAUAUCGUUCCUCUUCAGAAACAGGCUGUCUUUGACUUUAAAGAGACACUCCCGGUCAUUGUGGCAUUGAGGAACCCCUAUCUGGAAUCACAGCAUUGGGAAGCCAUUGAAUACACCAUUGGUCGAUCAAUCAAGGACAGAAACCUCACUCUGGACAACCUCACUAAGCUGAGGAUAUUCCAGCGAAAGGAAGCAAUUGUUAACAUCUCUGCUCUAGCUAGUAAUGAAGCCACUCUCAAAGGCAUGCUGGAGAAGGUCAGCAGCCUAUGGAAACACACCAGCUUCAAGCUGGUGACUCAUCAGGUGGACACUUACACUGUAUUAAUCAUUGGGUCAACGGAGGAGAUUGUCGCUCAGCUGGAGGACAGUUUAAUCACCAUUUCCACCAUUAAGGGUUCACGUUAUGUGGAACCAAUCAAGAAAGAGGUGAAUGAAUGGGACCGAAAACUUAAUAUUAUGGCACAUACACUGGAAGAACUGAUGACCUGUCAGCGGAACUGGCUGUACCUGACUCCCAUUUUCCAAGCUCCUGAUAUUCAAAGGCAACUGGCUACAGAAACCAAACUGUUUGGCCACAUUGAUGCUGCAUGGAAUGAGAUGAUCAUUAGAAUUCAGAAUAACUCGAAUAUUCUGAAGACAACCACCACAUCAGGGGUCCUUGAGCUUUUACAGACCACCAAUGCCAACUUGGAAAAGAUACUGAAAUGUCUUGAGGAUUACUUGGAAGCCAAAAGGCUCGCUUUCCCACGUUUUUAUUUCCUUAGCAACAGUGAACUGCUGGAUAUCCUGUCUCAAAGCAAAAACCCUGAGGCUAUACGGCCCCAUUUGGCCAAAUGUUUUGAAAAUAUCAGAUCUCUGGAGAUUGUGAAGCAAGCGACCAGACCUCCCACUGUGGUAAUGAUCAAGUCUGCAGAAAAUGAGAAUCUUCCCAUGCCAAGGAAUGUUCGGAUUAGGGGACCCAUUGAACAAUGGCUGGGAAAUGUGGAAAGUUCCAUGUUUGAGUCUGUGAAAAAGCAUCUCCGGAUGGGAAUACAGGACUGGAAGAUAACACAAUUCAAAGAGUGGGUGCUGUGUCAUCCAGGACAGGUUGUUGUCACUGUGAGUCAGAUAAUGUUCAAUCGGAAAUGUAAGAAGUGUUUCAAUGGACCCAGACCGCACAGCCAAUUGCAGAAUACCCGUCUGGUGCUGAUAAGUAGGCUGGAUGUAUUGGCAGAGCUCAUGUCUACACCACUGCGGGCUUUCCAGGAAACAGUGCUCGAGACUCUCCUGACCAUCAUUGUGCACUGUCGCGAUGUGCUGAGUGAGCUCAUUGCCAAGAAGAUCGUCAGAGAAGACGACUUUGAAUGGAUCAGGCAGCUGCGCUAUGAGUGGAACAUGCAGAACAACACUUGCUAUGUGGUCCAGGGCAACAGCUCCUUCACCUAUGGCUAUGAGUAUCUCGGCUGCUCGCGCCGAUUAGUAAUCACGCCACUCACUGACCGCUGCUGGCUAACUCUGACCGGAGCCCUGCACCUGAACCUUGGAGGCUCGCCUGCGGGACCAACAGGAACUGGCAAAACAGCAACUGUGAAAGACCUUGCCAAAGCUCUGGGAAAGCACUGUGUUGUCUUCAACUGCUCUGAAAGUCUGGAUUACAAGAUGAUGGGGAAAUUGUUCUCUGGAAUGGCUCAGUCUGGAGCAUGGUUCUGCUUUGAUGAGUUUAAUCGGAUUGACCUGGAAGUGCUGUCUGUGACCGCCUCACAAAUCCUCACCAUUAAGGCAGCCAAAGACAGUGAAGCUAUGAGAUUUGUGUUUGAAGGCAGAGAAAUCCGAUUAAAUAAGUCCUGCAGUUUCUUCGCAACUAUGAACCCUGGAUACGAAGGACGAGUUGAACUCCCGGACAACCUGAAAUCCUUAUUCCGCCCAGUGGCAAUGAUGGUGCCUGAUUACGAGCUAAUUGCAGAAAUCAUGCUGUUUUCUGAGGGCUUUAAAUCAGCCAAGUCCCUCUCAGGAAAGAUUGUUAAUGUAUAUCAGCUGGCCAGCAAGCAGUUAUCCCAACAGGACCACUAUGACUUUGGACUGAGGUCCAUAAAGUCUGUGUUAGUGAUGGCAGGACAGAGGAAGCGAGCCGCUGAGAUUCAAAAUCCUGAGAUGCCCAUGAGCCAGGUUGAUGAAUCACACAUUCUCAUCCACGCUCUGAAGGAUGCGAAUCUCCCCAAGUUCCUGGCUGAAGAUGUCCCCUUGUUUGAAAGCAUUCUAGAUGAUCUCUUCCCAGGACUGACUUCACCCAAAGAAGAAACUCUCUCACUGCAGAAAGCAAUAGCCAUGGCAACUGCGGAGCUGGGAUUUCAGCCCUGGCCAAGCCAAGUGGAGAAGGUCAUCCAACUGUACAGCCAGAUUUUGGUGCACCCUGGAGUGAUGCUGGUAGGUCCCUCAUGUGGAGGAAAGACAACAGCCAGAAAUAUCCUACAGAAAGCCUUGAUCAUUUUACCGAGCAUUGCUGCAGACGCUGACAGCACAUCAUACUUGAGCCCCGUGGCUAAGAGAGGCAAAUUAGAAACCUUCACCAUCAAUCCCAAGUGCAUCACUCUUGGGGAGUUGUAUGGGCAUGUGGACCCACACACAAUGGACUGGUCUGAUGGCUUGCUGGCUCAGGCAAUGAGGAGGUUUGCAAAUGACUUGCACAAGGAGUAUGACAACAAUUUGGAGAUGAAGAUGCUUUCAACUGCUAUCGUGAAUGUUGACAGAAAAUGGAUUGAUUUCCAAGAUCAUAAGAGGCUAGAAACUGAAGAUGUUACAGCCAUGUCCAGCUGGCGAUGGAUAAUCAUGGAUGGCCCAGUAGACACGGUGUGGGUGGAAAACCUCAACACAGUACUGGAUGACACCCGGACUCUUUGCUUGUCCAAUGGGGAACGCAUCAGAUUGCCACGAGGCAUGAGGCUCCUCUUUGAAGUGGACAGCCUUUCCCAAGCUAGCCCUGCCACAAUCAGCAGAUGUGCCAUGGUUUACAUGGACCCAGUCGAUCUUGGUUGGCGGCCUUAUGUUAGUACCUGGCUAGAAAGGCUCCCAGAGGAGUUACCUGGCAAGGCGAAGGAAUACCUCCAGACACUCUUUGACAAAAGCAUUACAGCAGGCCUGCAAUUUGUAAGAAGCCAUCGAAAGUUGCAGCAAUUUGCUGUCACAGACCUGGGGAUUGUGAUGACUCUUUGCCACCUAUUACAAUCUUUUCUGGAUUUCAUGAGCAGGAAUGGUGGCUUUGGAGUCAGUGAUAGCACUGCACCCAAUGAAGAAACCAAGGGAACAGAUGGGCUUUCAAAACAGGAUGUGGAAGGCAGCUCAGGAACCAGGUCUGACAAGUGGUUUUUAGAGAAGAAUCCCAACAAGCUGCCUGGCCUCCUGGCCAAACUCUACACGUUCUGUUUUACUUGGGCGGUUGGCGGCUGCUUGAAACGUGAGGACGAUUACGAGGAAGAAGCUCUCAUUGGCUUCAGUGACAGGAGCAAGGAAGAUGAGGCCAUCAAAGUCACGCUGGACUUCAACACUUUGGUCCAAAACCUGUUCACAGGACAAAGCCCACUCUCGGUUACGUUUCCACCCGGAAAUGCGACUGUCUUUGGAUAUUUUGUGGACAUGCAAACCGGACAAUUUGUAUCCUGGGACGCAUUGGUUCCAUCCACACAGGAGCUUAUUUCGAAAGGGGUGCAGUUAUCAAGUCUUGCUGAAGCAAUCAUGACCGGAGCUCCCAAAUCAAGACGACCCAAUCAGGAAAAUCUCGUGUGUACGGUUGACACUGUGCGGUACUCCUUUAUAACCAGCCUGCUGCUCCUCAACAAAUGCCCUGUGCUGCUUACAGGUGAAUCUGGGGUUGGGAAAUCUGCUAUCAUUGAGGAAAUGCUUUCAAAGCUUCAGAAACCCAGAGGUUCACUGAUCCAAAAAAAGACUAUCCUUGGGAACAUCUUCCUUUACAACGAGAUGAAGCAUGAGAGUGGCCAGCGAGUGGAGUUCUUGAGGAGAUACAGUGUUCCUGCUGACAGCAAGGCCGGCAGAAACAUCAAGGAGGUGCUGGUAACAACCAUGUUGUUCAGCACUCAUACUACAUCAGCUCAAACCCAGACACAGAUCCUCAAACAACUGGUGAAGAAAAGCAGAAAUCGCCGGAUUCCACCAAAGAACAAGAAGGUGAUUGUGUUUCUGGAUGACCUGAACAUGCCAGCUAUUGAACAAUACGGAGCACAGCCUCCACUCGAACUGAUCCGCCAAUUCCUGGAUCUCGGAGGUUUCUUCGAUAUUAAGAAGCUCAAAUGGUUGCGUGUGGAAGAUGUGACUCUGGUCGCUGCAUGUGCUCCCCCGAGUGGUGCUCGCACUGAACUCAGCCAAAGGCUUCUCAAACACUUCAGCAUCUUCACCCUGCCCCAGCCUUCCACCAACUCACUGCAACACAUUUUCCAGGUACAAGUUGGAUGUCACCUGGAAAGCCAAAACUUCCUGCCAGUGGUGCAGAAGUGCCGAGAGCUGUUAGUGACUGCUGCCAUUGCUAUUUACUAUAAGAUGUGCCGUCAAAUGCUGCCCACUCCAGUCAAACCCCACUAUACAUUCAACAUGAGAGACCUGGCUAAGGUAGUCCAGGGCCUGCUGCAGGCUCAUGAAUCUGAAAUUGCUUCCAGAGAAAAGACAAUCAUUCUGUUUGCACACGAAGUGAGCAGGGUUUUCCAUGAUCGACUUAGUGACAAAAAAGACAGGCAGAUGUUUUAUACUUUCCUCUCAGACGAUCUCCACAACUACUUCAAGGAACCAUCCAAGAGUCUGUAGGAGUUUGGAAGAUGACCUCCACCUUAUCUACUUUCUCU